AUGUGUACCGGCUGUGUGCAGAAAGAGUAUCCGGACCGGGUAAGUGGGUCGGUCUGUCUGUAUCUGAACUGUUGUGAGACCCUCCGUCCUAACAGGUUCUGGUUUGGUUCUGGUCCAGGGGAACACCUGUCUGGAAUCUGGAUCUUACUUGAUGAACUACCGGAGCUGCGUGAGCUGUCAGCGGAGAGACUUUGUUCUGAUCCGGAAUAAAACCACCGAGGACGAGGACGGAGAGGAGAUCGUCACCUUUGACCGUGAGCAUCUCUAAAAACAACCCUCCUAACAUCAGAGACCAGAAACAGGAUAAUAGUCAAGAUUAAUAAUCCAGAGUCAAGAUUAAUAAUCUAGAAUAAAGAAUAAUAAUCUGGAAUAAAAUCACUGAGGACGAGGAUGGAGAGAUCGUCACCUUUGACCGUGAGCAUCUCUAAAAAAUAACAAACCUCUAAACAUAAAAAAUACAGAAAAAUAAUCAUGAUUAAUAAUCCAGAAUAUAUAAUUAUCCAGAAUAAAGUAUAAUCUAGAAUAAUAAUCCAGAAUGAAUGAUAAUAAUCCAGAGUAAUAAUGUAGAAAAAAUGAUAAUAAUUCAGAAUAAUAAUCCAGAAUAAAAUAAUAAUCUGGAAUAAAGAAUAAUCAUCUGGAAUAAAACCACAGAGGACGAGGAUGGAGAGGAGAUCGUCACCUUUGACCGUGAGCAUCUCUAAAAACAACCCUCCUAACAUCAGAGACCAAAAAUCCAGAAUAAAGUUUAAUAAUCCAGAAUAAAGGAAAAUAAUCUAGAAUAAUAAUCCAGAAUGAAUGAUAAUAAUCCAGAGUAAUAAUGUAGAAAAAAUGAUAAUAAUUCAGAAUAAUAAUCCAGAAUAAAAUAAUAAUCUGGAAUAAAGAAUAAUCAUCUGGAAUAAAACCACAGAGGACGAGGAUGGAGAGGAGAUCGUCACCUUUGACCGUGAGCAUCUCUAAAAACAACCCUCCUAACAUCAGAGACCAAAAAUCCAGAAUAAAGUUUAAUAAUCCAGAAUGAAUGAUAAUAAUCCAGAAUGAAGUAUAAUAAUCCAGAAUGAAGGCCCUCACCUGUUUGUGUCCUCAGAUGUUUGUAAGAACUGCGACCACAUCAUCGCCCGGCAUGAAUACACCUUCAGUGUUGUUGAUGAGUACCAGGUAAUUCGGGGUUAAUAAUAAUAACUUGGUUAACAGUCACGGCGGUCGGUUGUUUUUGUUGAGUCUUGUCCGUCUCCUGUCGUGUCUUCAGGAGUACACGAUGCUCUGCAUGCUGUGUGGAAAGGCGGAGGACUCCAUCAGUGUUUUACCAGAUGACCCCCGACAGUCUGCGCCGCUCUUCUAG